UUGUUCUCACUCAUCUCGACCAAGAUGGCUUCCAGAAGGUUAUUCCAUAUCGCACGAGGAUUGUAUGGCCUGCGAUCAGUGCAGCCAUCCCGUCCGGCCAAACUUGCUAGAGCGUACUGCUCAGCAUCAAAAACAUUUGAAAUGAUCAAGGCAGAGAAAAGGGGUGAAAAACAAAAUGUUGGCUUUAUCCAGCUCAACCGACCCAAGGCAUUAAAUGCACUCUGUGAUCAGCUGAUGUCAGAGUUGCAGGAUGCCCUUGAUGACUUUGAAACUGACAAGAAUGUUGGUGCCAUUGUUAUCACAGGAAGUGAGAAAGCUUUUGCUGCUGGAGCGGAUAUUAAGGAAAUGCAGAAUUUAACAUAUCAGAAGUGCUUGUUGGGGGAUUUCCUUGCUCACUGGACUCGAGUGGCUCGUUGUAAGAAGCCUGUCAUUGCUGCAGUCAAUGGAUUUGCGCUUGGAGGAGGAUGUGAACUAGCCAUGAUGUGUGAUAUCAUUUAUGCUGGAAACAAAGCUAAGUUUGGUCAACCAGAGAUUUUGCUCGGAACUAUUCCAGGUGUGGCACCCAUAUAA